UAAAUAAAACACGCACGCUCUACUUUGAAAAAGCGUCAAUUUUUGAUGGCGUUACCAUCGAUAGAAUCGCUAGUGUCCUCUGGGUCAAAAGUCAUCGAAAACACGUGGUUUUGACGUUGGAACGAGUGUCUUUGUCCUGCCAUCUAAACAAUGUUUGUUUAUUGUAUACAUACAUCACGCGAUCCACUCUUAUCAUCAAAAGCUCAUCACUUAUUAUUGAAAUUGAGACAGUAAUAAUCCAGACAUCAUACGAUUUUGAUCGUCGUCAUAUAACGCGUAUUCUCGAAGAAUGAUACCACUUUUCAACAUAAAAAAAUCGCUGAUUUCCGUCUUCAUUUUUACAUUCGCCACUGCCACCUUGAAUCCAGUGAUACUCAUACCUGGCGAUGGAGGUAACCAGAUAGAAGCAAAACUAAAUAAAACUCAGGUACCUCAUUACAUCUGCGAAAAAACAACAAGCGACUUUUUCAAUAUAUGGCUGAACAUGGAGCUGCUCGUUCCCCUUGUCAUAGACUGUUGGAUAGAUAACAUCAAGCUUAUAUAUGACAAUGAGACUAGAACGACUAGGAAUACUGAUGGGGUUGAAAUCAGGAUUCCGGGAUGGGGCAUUACAGAGACUCUGGAAUGGUUAGAUCCUAGCCACGCCAGUACGGGAUCCUACUUCAGAGACAUUGCUUCUACACUCGUAGGAUUGGGACAUGUUAGAAAUGUGACCAUUAAAGGAGCUCCAUAUGACUUCAGGAAAGCACCCAAUGAGAACAAGGAUUUCUUCAUUAAUCUGAAAACACUCAUAGAAACUACUUACACUCAACACAAUAACACUCCCAUUGUGCUGGUGUCUCACUCCAUGGGCAGCAUCAUGACUUUGGUUUUCCUCAACUCCCAAAGCCAGUGGUGGAAAGACAAGUAUAUCAGGAGUUUUAUUAGUUUAAGCGGAGUUUGGGGUGGAAGCGUGAAAGCUCUCAAAGUUUAUGCGAUAGGGGAUGAUCUAGGUUCAUACAUCCUUCGCGAGAGUAUUAUGAGGGCAGAACAAAUUACCUCACCUAGUUUAGCUUGGUUAUUACCUUCUAAGUUAUUUUGGAAACCUAACGAGGUUCUUGUUCAAACAGACAAGAAAAACUUCACAAUUAAUGAUCUCGAAGAGUUUUUUCAGGGAGUGGGUUACCCUGAUGGUUGGGAAAUGAGGAAGGACACAGAGCCCUUCCAGCUGAACUUCAAACCUCCUGGCGUUGAGGUUCAUUGUUUAUAUGGAGUUGGAGUUACAACUGUAGAAAAGUUGUACUACAAACCAGGAACCUUUCUAGAUGGUUAUCCUACCCUUCUGACCGGGGACGGAGAUGGUACGGUAAAUCGAAGAUCACUGGAGGGCUGCAUACACUGGCAAAAGCUACAGAAACAAAAAGUGUAUGUGAAAGAAUUGCCAAAAGUUGACCAUUUGCAGAUCUUGCACGACAAAACUACUCAAGAUUAUAUCGCGAAUCUAAUGAGAAAGUACCAGGCACAACCACAUCGGCCAAAAUCUUUACUGAGCUGGAAUUUUUUCUGUAACUAUUUGUCCUGCAGAUAAGAUUCAUCUGCCUUUUUUUUACUACCCAAUGCUCUCUGGUUUGUCCUGCACUGAUAGCAGAACAAGUGAUAAGAAAAUAAGAUAUUUUAGAAAAAGAUGGUAUGUUUGUUGUUAUUCUAUUAGCCAGCAGGAUAUGAUGGAAGUGUUUUAAAUUGUUGGUUGUUUACCAAUUUGUUGUCAGUUGUGGAAUCAAUUAUUAUUUACAUGUUAUAUCAAAACAUAUGCUAGAACUAUAAGAAAAAACUCUUUCAUACUCUUCGCUGGUCUUAAGUUUGUGAGAUUUUGCAACUUAGAUAUUAUUUCCCUCCACUAAUAUUUAUUUAUUUAUUAGAGUGAUUUUGUGACGAUGUAAAUAAAAGCAAGCAUAUUUA